AUGAAUGCUGCGAGCAACUCUGCUAACGAGUUCAUCCCUGAAAACGCGGGCGGUUUCGGCAGCGAUUCCGACGAGGACACACCUGAGUUCUACCAACCAAUCUCUGCUAUUGCGGACGACGACGAUGAAGAAUCUAAUUUUCCCGAUUCAAACCCCGACGACGACGACGCCAACGAACACGACCACCGGCUGCAUCCUUUUCCCCACGAUCUACCCAACGGCUAUUCGCUGCAUCCGGUCGAGAACGGAGUUUCCCUGGAUCUGACCGAUGAUGAAGAAGAAGACGAAGAUUCCGGUGAGGAAGAGGAAAGGGUGAGAGAAGAAGAGUCAAUAAGGAGAGCAUUCCGAGAGGAUGAUAGCCGUCGAAACGCUCCCUUGCCACCUGAGAACGCCGUCAGAGUUAUGGAAGCCAUGCGUGGGGUUUCAUUCGGUGGAUUGCCGCCGGAUUGGGUGGAUCGGAUUCCCGAAGAUCAGUGGAUUGAUCAGCUUCGAAGAAUUAGACGGCCAUCCACAGCUCAAGAAUGA